ACUAUCGACCCGUUGGUAAUAUUUGAAGCAGUCAGGUUGGCAGCCCUAAACAACCGUUGCCAAUUUAACCUCGAAAACGGAACAACUGCGUUAGGCUUUUAUUUAUAUAUUUUUUUUUCUGAGUCAAAAUGUCGUCGCCGGCUAGUUCUCCCUUGGUGAAGAAGCACAAGAAACACAAGAGCGAAAAACGAGAGAAGGACGACAAACCGGGCGGUUUAAAGUUGAUCCUCAAAGUCGGCUCCCAGGCGACCCCCGAACACAACGCCGAUUUCCACCAGAACCUGCCCCUGAUCGGCGAGGGGAUGGAAGAACAACAGAUGCAGCUGGACCCUAACGAUCCCUACUUCGCCAUGUCCAGAUCCCAUCAUAAGAAGUCCAAGAAGAAGAAAAAGAAGAAAGACAAGAACAAGGACCGUGAGAAAAAGCACAAACACCACCACAAAGACAAGAAGCGCAAAAGGGAGGAGGACGGGGAAGAUGAGAUAAGUGUUUACCCUCAAAUCGGAAGUCCUGGUCGUGAACUGAGGACUUGCGUUAUAAAGAAACUGCAGGAGCGCACUCCUUUAUCGAAGGGCUUGGACCAUUUAUUGGGCCUGUUGGAGAAGAAGGACCCUCAAAAUUUCUUCGCGUGGCCUGUAACGGAUAAUAUAGCCCCCGGUUACUCGAGCAUCAUCACGAAUCCCAUGGAUUUCAGCACUAUGCGCCAGAAAAUAGAAGAAAACCAAUACUCUCACUUGGACGAAUUCGUAGCGGACUUCAAGUUAAUGUGCACCAACGCCAUGAAAUACAACCACGUCGACACUGUCUACUACAAGGCGAGCAAGAAGCUCCUGCAGGCCGGCAUGAAGAUAAUGGUGCCGGAGAAAUUAGGGUGGAUGCUGAACUUGGUACCUGAGAUCACGAGCGAGGACGUCGGGUUCGAGAUAACCGCCGAGAUGAGGGCGCACAAGCACCACGACGAGCACGACGACAGCGACCAUGUCCACGAAGGUAAGAGGCGGAUGCCCGCCACGAAGUUCGAGGCGAUACCCGACGAGCUGACCCCGGAGGAGAUCCUCGCCAAGUCCCAGAUUGCCGCGAGGCAUGCCAGGGCGAAGCUGAUGCUGAAACGGGGCGGCCCGGGCAUGGGCUUUCUGAAACAAAAGAAGGACGGCACCACCCACCUCAACGUCCUAGUCGGCGGGGACGGCGUCAUCCCGGGCACCAGAAAACGCCCCGUCCUGCUGGGCCAGCUCUGCGGCAAACUCUCCGAGGGCUCCAGUCAGCUCCAGGGCUUCCGGGAGGACCGCCGGAACAUCGCCAAGCCCGUCAAGCCCCUCUAUUACGGCGCUUUUGGCUCGUACGCCCCCAGCUACGACUCGGCCUUCUCAAAUCUCAGCAAGGAGGAGAGCGAUCUCGUCUACCAGACGUACGGGUCCGACACGGCAGUACAGUACGCGGAGAGCGUGCAGGAUUUCGUGAAGGAUUCCGAUUACGCCACGCAUUUGGUCGACUCGCUAUUGGACCUACUGACGGGUGGCGAUCAUUCCAAGACCAAGAAGGUGCUGGAGGACAACAAGAAUUUGAGGGAGGAGGAGGCCGCCGUCAAGACGAUGUUGGAAGUGAAGCCGAUCGAUGCGGUGAAGGUGAACGUCGAUGAGUUGAAGGGCUUGCAAGAGUUCGGCAUCGACGUCAACUUCCUGGACAACAUGGAGGACGAGAUCCGCAUGUCGGAGGAGCGCCACGAGCUCCAGCAACGCCUCGACAGCAUGUGCCAGCUGCUGGAGAAACUGCAGCAGACUCAGUACCAACGCCUGUCGGCGCCGUUACCGCCCCAGCUCAACAACUGCCCCCAACCCUCCGAGGAGGAGACGCAGAUAGCGGAGAACAUCACGGAAAACCUGUCGGACAUAGCCAGACGGGUGAAUCCGGGGGAUAUCGCGCCCGUUCCGGGUAUAAGGAAGGCUCUCGGGUUGCCCAUGCCGGAGGUGAAUCCUCCCGAGGUGUCCAAUAUCGAUUUGGAGUCGGAGUUGAGGCAGUUCUUGGAGAGCGAACCGAGUCUGGCGCAGAGCCCGUUACGGGACGAUAAGACGAUCGAGGAGAUUUUGAUGGAAUAGGGAUCGGAUGUUGUACAUUUUUAGUUUUUUUUUGGGAUUCUUUUUGUUUUUUUGGACAGUAUUACUGCAGUGGCAUUGGGAUUCCGUGUAUAUUUUGUAUGAAGUGGGCUUCAAUAAAGACGUUUAAGAAUUU